CACACUUUGUAUAUUUGUGUCUUCUCAGCUGAGCUGUGUGUGUGUUUGGACAGCAGAGCUGGACGAUGAAGUCAAGAUUGAAGUUGUGCUCCAACCAGAGCAAUGCGAAAAAAAAAGCAAAAAAGGAGAUCUGAUGAACGUCCACUACGAUGGCUUCCUCGCCAAAGAUGGAUCCCAGUUCUAUUGCAGGAGAGAGUAUCUUCCGUCAUGAUGAACACUCUACGCAAUCUCCGGACUGCUCACCUCAUUUUAUAAGCACCAACAGGCCAAGCGUGCCAAGUGCUGUUGAGCUGAGAGGGCAUCACAUCUCCCACAGUGUUAACUUCUCAUCUCCCCAUGGAAUGACUAAGCAUGCACAGAGCCGAUCUGACAAAGCUGGCCACCCACAGUGGUUUGUACUGGGCGUCGGACAAGUUAUCAAGGGCCUUGACAUAGGAAUGAUGGAUAUGUGUCCAGGGGAGAAAAGGAAAAUAACAGUUCCUCCCGCCCUGGCCUUUGGAGUGAAAGGCAAAGGCCCCGUGCCACCAAACGCUACUGUCGUAUUUGAAGUGGAGCUUUUCUCAGUGUCCAGGGGACCACGCAGCAUGGAGGCUUUUGGAAAUAUAGACAUUGAUAAAGACCGCAGUCUCACAAAAGCAGAGGUAAAAGAUUACUUGAAACUUCAAUUUGAAAAAGAUGGGACUCCACGAGAUGACCCCUUCUAUGAGAAGAUCUUAAAUGACAUUUUCCACAAGAGUGACAGCGACAAAGAUGGGCUUAUCAGUGCAAAGGAGUACAACAUUUAUCAACAUGAUGAGCUGUAGUUUGUGUAGUAGUUGCUAUUUCUCAUUUUUAAGUCAGUAUGUUUAAAUACACUGUAAUUAAAUGCCAGGAUUGGACAGUAGGGUUUGCAACCUUACCACAGACUAAUCCACGGUGCAACUACCAUAGUCUUCCGAGGCUGAUGGAUGCCAGCAGUGUAGUGUGGUUUGAAUACUUGGUGUACACGUUACAGUAUAUUUUCACUCACACUGACUUCUUUGCAGCCAGUUCCCACUUAUGGUGUGAAUAAGUGUGUGAAUGGUUCUGUCUCUUACGUAGCCUAUGACUAACUGGCAACCCUACCUCUCACCUAAGAUCAGCACCUGCGACCCUGUGCAGGAUAAGCGGUGUUUAUAUUGAAGGAUUUGAUAUCGGACAAUAUGGCAGACAAAAAGAAACCGUUACAGAGAACAACAAUGCAUUAAAACAUCAUAAAAAUAUCACGUGUCAUUUUCUUUUAUACAGUUUCAUGCCCAAUGUGUGUAAUGUACUACUGAUUCUGACAAUGUUUAUAUUUUCAUCCUGACUGAUGGUAACCUAAUAGCUGCUGCCUUCACUGCUGCUGUGAGGUCAACACCCAGUUGUGCCCUGCAAUACAAUAUUUAAGCACUGAUUUAUACAAGUUGAGUUUGGUAUCACAAACGACUGUAUUGAAAUAGUACUCUCUUCACAUUGCUUAC